CUGCAGCUCGAGCUGAGGGCAAAUUAGUGUGAUACAGACAACAGCAGAAUGAAGUCCAAAUUUGCAUGCAUUUUGCUUUUCAGCUGCCUGAUUAGCUAUGUGAUGGCCCAGAAGGCCGAAGUGGCCCAGCAGGUUGUCAGCUGCAUGACGGAGAAUGGCGUUACGGGGGAAGAGCUGAAUGGUCUGAAAUCCGGUGAUGUGAAGCUGGAGGAUGUCAAGGACAAUGUGAAGUGUGCCUCGCAGUGCGUCAUGGCCAAGCUGGGCUUCAUGAAUAGCAAAGGUGUGAUACAAGAGGACAAGGUAAUGGACUUCUUCAAGGACGAUCCCAUGAAGGAGCAGGCGGAAAAGGCUUUGGAGGCCUGCGGCAGUACCACCGGUGCCAAUCCCUGUGACACGGCCUUCCAAAUUAUGGUCUGCCUAGAGAAGCAUGUCAACGAUCUGAUGAAGGCAUAAAUGAGCCUAUACAAGGGGAAGCCAGGGCAUAUACAAACAUACAUAUAAUGUAAUACAAUAGUUUGGACAUUCACAAAAUCUAAUAUACACACAGAAUAUCUACUUGAGCCGAGCAAAUAAAUUUCUUAAGCAU